UGUCGUUGCUGCUGCAGGUUGAGCACAGGCGAGCCAAGAUGGCAGAAUACCUGGCGUCCAUUUUUGGGACAGAGAAAGAUAAGGUCAAUUGCUCCUUUUAUUUCAAAAUUGGAGCUUGUCGACAUGGCGACCGCUGCUCCAGAUUACACAAUAAGCCGACAUUCAGCCAGACGAUUGCCCUCCUGAACAUUUACCGGAACCCUCAGAACAGUGCCCAGUCUGCUGAUGGUCUGACCUGUGCCAUCAGUGACAUGGAGAUGCAGGAGCACUAUGACGAGUUUUUUGAGGAGGUCUUCACUGAGAUGGAGGAGAAGUACGGAGAGGUGGAGGAGAUGAACGUAUGUGACAACCUCGGGGACCACCUAGUAGGAAAUGUGUAUGUGAAGUUCCGGUAUGAAGAGGACGCUGAGAAGGCUGUGAUAGACCUGAAUAAUCGGUGGUUUAAUGGACAGCCCAUCCACGCUGAGCUCUCCCCCGUCACAGACUUCAGAGAAGCCUGCUGUCGCCAAUAUGAAAUGGGGGAAUGCACUCGUGGUGGCUUCUGUAACUUCAUGCAUCUGAAGCCCAUCUCACGUGAACUGAGGAGAGAGCUCUACGGGCGUCGGAGGAAGGGCCGCCAUAAGUCCCGGUCUCGAUCGAGAGAGAGGCGCUCUCGCUCGAGGGACAGGGGUCGGGGAGGUGGAGGUGGAGGAGGCGGAGGAGGAGGUGGUGGGGCAGGUGGAGGCGGAGGUGGUGGAGGUGGCCGUGACCACGAGAGACGUCGCUCCAGAGACAGAGAGCGUUCCGGACGAUUCUGAACCACAAGCCAUGACUACUUGUCUUUCCCUCCCCGUAUCAAUCCCUAGUCUAUCUUUUUUUAAAAAGUUUGUACCCUUUCAGAUCUAUUCUAGGACUAAUUGAAAGGUACCUGAUUUUGACGCUGUGACAGCAUUGAUGAUCUUGUUUUUUUCUUGAUUUCUGAAAAUGACUUUCACCUCAUUAAAUUUCACAUUUUUACUUA